GCGAGGCUGCGGCGGAUCAUGCCCAUGGUGUAGCGGCCAAGCGGAGGCAUGGCUGCCGGAAGGUUACUGCUCUAUACGGGGCUUUCGCUAGCGCUCUGCGCCCUCGGCAUGCUGGCUGUGGCCAUAUGCUCCGACCACUGGUACGAGACGGACGCCAGGAAGCACAGGGACAGGUGCAAGGCCUUCAACACCCGCCGGGUCGACCCCGGCUUCAUUUACAACAACAACAACAACUUGCCUCUGCGCGCUAGCCGCUCGCGCCUGGACCGCUGGGAGGGCAAACUCCUCCGGGCCCGGAAUCGCCGGCAGCUGUUCGCCAUGAGCCCCGCGGAUGAGUGCAGCCGGCAGUACAACUCCACCAACAUGGGCCUCUGGAGGAAGUGCCACCGGCAGGGCUUCGACCCGGAGAUCGCCGCCCUCAUACGGAAAGGAGAAAUUGAGAGAUGCACGUACAUCAAGUACCACUACUCCUCAGCAACCAUCCCCAGGAACCUCACGUUCAACAUCACGAAGACCAUUCGCCAGGAUGAGUGGCAUGCCCUGCAUCUGCGUAGAAUGACAGCUGGCUUCAUGGGCAUGGCAGUGGCCAUCAUCCUUUUUGGCUGGAUCAUCGGUGUCCUGGGCUGCUGCUGGGACCGAGGCCUUAUGCAGUAUGUGGCAGGGCUUCUCUUCCUCAUGGGAGGAACCUUCUGCAUCAUUUCACUGUGCACCUGCGUGGCUGGGAUCAACUUUGAGCUAUCACGUUACCCACGCUACCUAUAUGGACUCCCGGAUGACAUCAGCCAUGGCUAUGGAUGGUCCAUGUUCUGUGCAUGGGGGGGCCUGGGCCUCACACUAAUCUCGGGAUUCUUCUGUACCUUGGCCCCCUCUGUCCAACCUGUCCCGAGGACCAACUGCCCUAAAUCCAGACCAGAGAAUGGGACAGUGUGCUAAA